UAAAUUAUUCUUGAACUUUCAUUUUGAGUGGAAAUUAUACAAUAUUACUUGAAUAAUAUUAUAUAUUUUAAUAUAUUGAUUACAAAUUCAAUCUAGAAAACUUUGUUAACAAGUCCUGUCGAGUUUCGAAGUUACUCUUUAAUUUCGAAUUGUCUGAGUACAUUAUCAAAAUACAGUAAUGGAAAAUGUCUCUGAGGAUAAAUAUGCUUUCUCCAAAGUUUACGAAGAUCGAAAUUUCGCCGUCAAUUAUCGAAGUAAUGCGCUCAACAAAAUGGAAGAAACAGAAGAAUUUAUUUCAUUUUGCCUGCAUAAAAUAUUUCGUGAUGAAAUCUUUCAAAAUAAGACACUUCUUGAAGUAGGAUGUGGUCCAAUUGUUCACAGAAUAGCAGCAGCAAGUAAAUACUUCUCUGAAAUUAUUUUAUCUGAUUAUUCUAAGCAUAAUCGUGAAGCUAUUCGACAAUGGAUAAAAAACGAAUCAUCAUCAAAAGAUUGGGAUACUUUGAUGCGAAUGGAGGCAUUACUUGAGGGAUUUGGAAACGUAGAGGAAGGUAUAAAUGAAAUUAAAUUUCGUUUGAGACAGAAAAUAAAACAAGUAAUUCCUUGUGAUAUCUUAAAAAAAGAAAUCAUUCCCUCAGGCGUAGGAAAGUUUGAUGUGCUGUUCACAUCAUUUUGCUUAGAGGGGGCCUGCACCACAUUAGAGGAUUUUAAAUCUGCUGUUAAAAAUUUCAACAAUUACAUCCUGCCAAAUGGAGAAUUAGUAAUGGUGACGAUAUUGGAUAGCCCCUAUUAUUACGUAGGAAAUAAUAAACUUACAACUCUCUCAGUAAGUCUAGAGUUUGUAAAUGAAGCAUUGAAGGAAGCGGGAUUCAUUAUAAAGCAUUGUUAUCUUACAGAAAAUAACAAACAGGUACGAAUUUGUAAUUUCAGCGGUAUAUUAAUAUUAUCUGCUAUUAAAUCAAUUUAAUUGGGCUGUAGUUUGAAAAUAGUUGUAUAUUUAUAAAUCCCCGAUGUCGUCCGUCUGUUUGACUGUCCUUUUGUAAUCUCGAGAACGGGUUAAGGCAUGUGAAAGUCGUGACAAAAUAUGAAAAAGUUAGUGGCUUGUUU